AUGGCAUCCGAAACAAAUGCCGUCUUUAUAGUCAUGAAUCAAGACUUCAUGAAAGUUGAGAGGUUUGAUGGAACUAAUUUCACAAGAUGGAAGGAUAAGAUGUUGUUCUUGCUUUCAGUGUUGAACAUUGCCUAUGUUAUUGAUCCUAUGACGCUACCCCUUGUUGAACCAAAGGAGGAUGUAAGUAUAGAAGAAAAAGCAAUUUUUGAGAUUAAGAAGAAAAGAAGGACAGAUGAUGAAUUUGCAUGUCGUGGACACAUCCUCAAUACACUUUCCGAUCAACUUUAUGAUCUUUAUAUGUUAAUACAAUCUCCUGUUAAAUUUUGGAAGGCUGUAGAAGAAAAAUACAACACCGAGAGACAGGGUACAUAUAAAUUUCUUAUGCUAAAGUUUUUUGAAUUUAAAAUGGUUGAUAGUGUUCCUAUAUUGGAUCAAGUACAUGAAUUGCAAAUGCUUGUGAAUCGGCUCUGUGAUCUCAAAAUAGUAAUUCCAGAAUUACUCCAAGUGAGGGCAAUUAUAUCGAAAUUGCCCCUUGGUUGGAAUGAUUACCGAAAAAAAGUUAUUGCAUAUAGCAGAAGAGUUCACGGUUGA